AUGGGUGCGUUGUCCAAAGAGUAUGGCUUUGUGGUGUUGACUGGCGUUGCCAGUAUGUUCAUGAUUGGACAUCUGACAAUUAAAGUUGCCAGAGCCCGCAAGACAUAUAACGUGAAGUACCCUCAGAUGUACAGCGACGACCCAGAGACUGGACACAUUUUCAACUGUAUCCAGCGUUCACACCAGAACACCCUGGAGAUGUACCCCUCCUUCCUUUUCUGUCUGGCCGUUGGAGGAUUGCAUUGUCCUCGUCUCGUCAGUGGACUUGGAGUUGUAUGGAUAAUUGGCCGGGAGGUGUAUGCACAUGGAUACUCCACAGGAGAUCCUGAAAAGAGAAAGCGGGGUUUUUUUGGAAACAUUGCUUUGUUUUGGAUGAUGAUGGCCACAGCAAACUAUGGCCGCCACCUGUUGGGUUGGACAGGACCAUACCGUGGGCCCUUCCGACGCGGCGUCCAAUGUUAGUGAGGACAACGACUUCAAGCUGGGCUAGUUGAAAUAAUUAUCACAGUUAAGAUCACACUAAUCAGAUUAUAAAAUAUUUUGAAGCAUGCAUGCUCAUCUCAACCAUUUUUAAGUGCCCUGACCAGUUUCUGAGGGAUGGUGCCCCGUUUAAGGGAAGGAAUGUUCUGUGUAAACAAACUGACACUCCCCUUCAGGGAGGCUCACAAAUUAGGGUCAAAUAAAGUCCGCUUACUUUGAUAGCACUGACCAAAAUACUUGAUGGUGUUCUAUUUACAGUAAACACAUGAAGAUGACGUAUAAUAAAGAAGGAAAUAAACCUUCCAUUUUUCACUGACAGAAUUUAUCACCGUAAACUGAAAAAGUGCAGUUGUUUUUUUUUACAUCAUUAAGAAAAACAAAUAUGGUUGGUCAUAAAUAAUGCAGCUAACAUGUGAAAAAGAAACUUGAUGUAGUUUUCCAGUCUGUAAACUGAUGGCAUUAAAUUGUACUCAAUGGUUUUA